UAUCAUCCCAUUGUCCUAUAAUAGGUAUUUCAUAACUUGUUUCUUCUCACACAAUUCGUUUUCAAAUAAUAUAGUUAUGUGCAGUAAAUAGAAAAAUAAAUUGGCGUAUCCUCAAUUUAAGCAAUCGGUCACUUUAGACAAUGAUAGGGUCAUCGUUUUAGUUGGUUGUGAAUGGCUGGGGGACAGCACGAACGCUGGGGUAACCAGCUCGAAUAUUUGCUGUCAUGUCUGGGCUACGCGGUUGGUAUUGGGAACAUCUGGCGGUUUCCUUAUUUGUGCUAUAGGAACGGUGGUGGAGCAUUCCUGAUCCCGUACUUUCUGACACUCUUUAUAUUCGGAAUUCCGUUAGUUUAUUUAGAGACGUUACUAGGACAAUUUGCUAGUGCAGGAUGCAUAUCGGUGUUCAAUAUAAAUCCUUUGUUCAAAGGAGCGGGGUACGCCACGGUAGUUUUAAACAUAGUAGCGAUGAUAUACUUCGCAUCAAUUAUGUCAUACCCGAUGCUCUACAUUUACCAUUCCUUCAGCUCGCCGCUGCCUUGGCAAUCUUGCGGCAAUUCAUGGAAUACUGAGAAAUGCGCGGAGAUUACGGGAAACUUCAGUAUAAUCAGGAACGGGUCUUUCACUACACCCGAGGAUGAAUUCUUUCAUAUAAGGCUGUUGCGCAUGUCACCAGGCCUGGAUCAUAUCGGUGGCAUUGUUUGGCCUGUGUUCUGGUGCAAUGUAAUCUGCUGGAUCAUCGUUUACCUUUGCAUCUGCAAUGGAGUCAAGAGCGUCGGAAAGAUUGUUUACUUUACUGUGCUGUUCCCCUAUGUGGUAUUAUUAGCUCUAUUUAUUCGCGGUGUAACUUUACCCGGGGCAUGGCAAGGAAUCCUAUACUAUGUGCUACCUGAUUGGUACCAAUUGACUAAACCAAAGGUUUGGGCUGAUGCUGCAACCCAAAUAUUCUAUUCCUUGGGUCCAGGAUGGGGUGGGCUUGUUAGUAUGGCAAGUUUCAACCACUUUCACUAUAAUAACUUGAGAUCCUCAAUAAUAAUUCCUCUAGUGAACAGUGGUACAAGCAUCUGGGCUGGAUUUGUGGUCUUCUCUGUUCUUGGCUUUGCAGCAGAGCGUGCGGGGGUACCAGUUGGCGAAGUAGCAACAGCUGGUCCAGGCUUGGCCUAUGUCACAUACCCAGCAGCUGUGAUUAUGAUGCCCGCGCCUAAUUUCUGGGCUAUAACCUUUUUUGUGAUGCUGUUCUUUCUUGGUAUUGAUACGAUGUUUGUCACGAUAGAGUCUGUGAUCGCCGGUCUUGUGGACGAGUUUUCGUAUCUGCGGACCCGCAAAAAAGUGGUCACGCUGUUGACGUGUAUUGUCCUCUUUUUACUCUCGAUCAUCUGCAAUACAGAGGGCGGAUUGCACAUCGUAGGACUUUUGGACACUCAUGUAGCCAUAGCCUGCGUACCUAUGGUGUGUAGCCUAGAGCUGAUAGGAGCUGUAUACACGUACGGACCGAAGAGACUAAGCCAAGACGUGCUGUUCAUGACGGGCCAACCUUUGAAACCGUUCUGGUUCAUAUUGUGGCGGUAUAUUAUACCAGUACUACUUUUGGUCAUAGCCGGUUACUCGCUUAGUGUCGCAUCUGGUAUAGCUGGAUGGACUGUGGCGCUGGUUUCUGUUAUAUGCAUCCCGAUCUACGCCAUUAGAGUCCUGUGGCAAGCUAAAGGGUCACUUAUACAGAGAAUACAAGAAAGCUGCAAACCAAAUAUGGACUGGGGACCAAACGAACCUGAAGUUAGAGAGCGCUGGAAAGCCUUCCAGAAUCAACAUAACACUGCCGUAGCAUCAAUUCACCUUUCCACUAAGCCAGAAACAUUAUAGCAUUCUCUAUAGGUGUCUACAGUGUGCUGUAUUUAGCAAUUUGCA